UUUUUGCAUGAGUGAAUGUUUCGCAUAAGAUGACAAGUUUUAUGAAUAAGUAUUUAAUUAUAUAGUAAAUAAAGUAUUCUUAAAAGUAUGCUUAAGUUUUCGUUAUAGUAAAUAUUAAUAUAAAUAAUUAUUUUUAAACUAUUUGUUAAUUUUGCUUUCAUUGAUUAUUAAACAUGGAAUGUUUUUGGUCGGAUUUGAGUAAACAUCCUCAAUGUCCACAUGGACCAACAUUAUUAUUUGGCACAUAUGAAAAUGGCAAAUUAGAAAAGUUUUAUGUGUGUUCUGCUUGUCGCGAGAGAAAGACAUGCAAAUUUUAUUUGAAAGAAGGAGAAAAACUGACAAAACAACAAGCAACUAAAUGGGAACAACAGAAAAAACAAUUUAUGUCUCGUUAUCGUCAUAGAUCAUUAUAUGUUCAUUUUAAUGAUGUAAUGUCUGUAACUCCAGACAAUAGAUGCUAUUGUCAUACUUGUGAGCAAUUGAUAUCCAAAAUUGAGAAAGAUGUGAUGAACAAACAUAAAAAUCAUGACAUAAAAGAAAAUCUUACAGAUUAUGAGAUGAAACAUCCAACAGAAAUUUUAAAACCUAUAGAAAAUUCUAAGCAGGAAGCUCAAUAUUUCUUUACAAAGCAAACAACGGAAGAUAUAGUAAAUAUACUUGUGAAAUUAGGAGCAACACAGAUUCUUUGCAUAGGUACUCCAAAGAUUCAUGAAUAUAUUCUAGAAAAUUAUGAAGAUACAAUAUCUUCACUCUUAUUAGAUUUUGAUGGAAGAUUUCAUAAUUUUUUUGGACCAUUAAGUUAUUGUUGGUAUAAUCUAUUGAAUAAUCAUUUUUUUAAUGAAAGUGCCAUUCAUGUGUUUAAAGAUUUUCUUAUGCAAAAUAAGGGGAAACAUACUUAUUUGAUCUGUGAUCCACCAUUUGGUAGUCGAGUGGAACCAAUAUCUUGGACUAUAAAAAAAAUUUCUGAAUUUCAUAAGAAAUGGAAUAAUAUAGAAAAUGAAAGUGAUUGUUUAAAAAUUAUGUUUAUAUUUCCAUAUUUUAUGGAAUCUAUAAUGAAACAAAAAAGUAAUCCUCCUGGUAUAUCAGGAGGUUUGAAAGAUUUGAGCAUGACUGAUUAUAAAGUAGCUUAUGAUAAUCAUCCAUUAUUUUUAAAUGAUUCCAAUGGUACUAAAUUGCCAUCACCUAUUAGAAUUUUUACAAAUAUACCAUUAAAUUUAGUCGAACUUCCGAAAUCGAAUGGCUAUAGAUAUUGCAAAAAAUGUCAAAAAUGGGUUGGUAAAGAGAAUAAGCAUUGUAAAAAAUGUCAAGAGUGUACCUCAAAAAAUGGUCUUACAUAUAAACACUGUGAUAUAUGCAAACGAUGUGUGAAACCUUACUGGAAGCAUUGCGAAACUUGUAAAAGAUGUAUCGUGGCAAAACAUUUGUGCGGCCGAAAGCCCAAAGUUACUGGAAAAUGUUUUAAAUGUAACGAAAUUGGUCAUACUGAAAAAGAAUGUAAUAUAAACGAAGAAAUUCAAACAGAGAAGACAAAAAAAAUUAAAAAACGCAAAGUUAUUGAUGAAAAAAUAAUGAUUAACAACAUAAAAAAGAAAAAGAUAGAUGAUUCACGAGAAUUUGAAAAUGAAAAAAAAACAUCAAUAACAAAAAAUAUUAAAAAAUCAUCGAACAAAUUGGAAAUAAAAAAAAAAAAAGAAAAGACAACAGAAGUCAAACUGAAAACUUUGAAAAAACCUAAACUCUUAAAAAUAAGUAAAAAAGUGAAUUUAAAUAAUCAAUCAAACGGAAUAGUAAAUACAAAAAAAAAAGUAAAAAAACAAGAAACGUAAUAUAAUUGUUAUAAACAAAGAUUAUAAAUCAUUUCUGUAUAAUUAUAUUGUAAAUAAGAUCUCUUAUUGAUGUAAAAUAUGUGUACUUCAAUAAAAGAAAUUCAAAAUUU